AUGGACAACAUCAUCGAGCUGACCAAAACCUUUGUCGAUAGCCAUGCUGCUAUAUUCAAUGCUCUAACCCAACAAUCAAAGCUGGUGCAGCUUAAGCAUCGGCGCGGGCCAUUUGCCAUGCGCACUGUUUGCAAGGAAGCUUGGCUCACGACGGAAGAGCAUGGAACAUUCGAGUUCGGGUUCACAGGCAGCUCCAACUUCGGGUUCCAGUUCAACCCCAGUAGGGACAUCGUUCUUCUGACAGGCGGCCACGAACAUGAUGUUUUAAAAGGCUGUGUCGCCAGUCCCCAGAUCUUCGCCGUAGGCCAGCUUUGCUUCCGCACGAAAGCUAGUUGCAUAAACCUACUGCAUCUUGCUUUUUUAAGCACGGACGACUGCCGCAAGAUUAACUUGGUCCAUUUCCCAGUGAGGGAGUACGACACCGAUAUGGAUCGCGGCGUCAAGCUUUUCGCACUACAAGACUACGACGCCAUCUGGAAUCGAGAAUCAGCCCCUGUUUUUGGAAAGCAGGGUUCAGCUAUCACUACCUUGGGUGGAAUAAUAACGUCAUUGCUGCGUAUGUACCGCAGUAAGACGCUUCUUCAAUAG